AUGGAUAUCCUGCUGCUGCUAUCACUGGCCCUUGUGGCCCUGCUAGCAUACCGACUCUACUUCCAUCCUCUUGCUCAUAUUCCCGGUCCGCCAUUGGCCAAGGUUACCUAUCUCUACGAAUGGUACUAUGAUCUGUAUCAAAGCGGCCAGUUCACUUUCCAGCUUCGGGCCCUGCAUCGCCCUGUCAUCCGCAUCAACCCUGAUGAAGUGCAUAUCGACGACCCUGAUUUCUUCGACCAGGUCUUUAAUCAAACGAAUGGCCGCGCGGAAAAGCCUCCGCGCGUUGCAGAGGCCUUCGGGCCCUACCCCGCGACUAUCGGGACUCAAUCGCACGACUUGCACCGUCUCCGACGGAGCGCUCUCAACCCCUUCUUUUCUAAAAAGUCCGUCACAGACCUUGUCCCAGUUAUGUGGCGUCCGAUCGAGAUUCUGAGAGAACGUCUUCAGCACGCAGCUCAGACAGGAGAGACGCUAAAUAUGAAAUAUUUCUUCGCCGCCGUAACCUUGGAUAUCAUCAACGCCUACUGCUUCGCGCAUGAGCCCCAUAAUGUACGACAGCCCGAUUUUGGACGGAAGGGGUUUGACGACGUGGAUAGCUUCUUAGAGAUUAGCUUACUGAACAUCCAUAUCCCAUGGGCGAUGCGCUUUACAUAUUCACUUCCGGAUCUGUCUCGGCAGGUGGAGGCCAUUCGUAAUGGUGAAAAUACGGCCCACGAGAAAGCUAGCCAUCGGACCGUCUUUCACGAAUUACUAGACAGCAAGCUGCCCCCAGAAGAGUUGCAAAAGAACAGGUUACGCGAUGAAGCCUUCAGUUUGCAAUUCCCUUCGCUGGCCGUCCUCGAACAACUCCCAUAUUUAACUGCCGUGAUCCAGGAAGGUCUGCGCCUGUCGGAUCCCGUCACUCAUCGUAUUGGUCGCCAGUUUCCCGACCGGUCGUUCGAAUGUCGCGGCGUCUUCAUUCCCACUAAUACGAGCGUUAGCAUGACAGCCAUGCUCACCCAUCUCAAUGAAGAGAUUUUUCCAGAGCCUCGCAUCUUCCGACCUGAGCGUUGGUUAGGACCUGAAAGCAAGCGAUUAGAACGUUACCUUGUCCCCUUCAACCGCGGCACACGGUCUUGUCUGGGUAUGAAUUUAGCCCGUGCCGAGCUGGUUCUGAUCCUUGCGGCCGUCUUCCGGCAGUUUAACUUUGACGUGUCUGCUGUGCGCCGCGAUCGUGACAUUGACGUGAGUCGGGACUAUAUCCUGGGAGCGCAAGCGCGCGAUACGCCGGGUAUUUUGGUGACAGUGGAGGCGUGUUAA